CUCUGCGUCAUCUUCGGCUCCAUCAUGUACGCCUCCCCGCUCACCAUCAUGGGUAAAGUGAUCAGGACCAAGAGUGUGGAGUACAUGCCAUUCUUCCUGUCACUGGUAAACUUCCUCAACGGUCUCUGCUGGACGGGCUAUGCGCUAAUCAAGUUUGACAUCUACAUCACGAUCCCCAAUGCCCUCGGUACAAUCUUCGGCCUCAUCCAGCUGAUCCUUUACGGGUACUACUACAGAUCUACCCCCAAGAAGGGCAAGAAUGUCGAGCUGCCCACCGUCCUCACCAAAAACGCCGUUACCAGCGGCAACGUCUCCGUCACCAUAGAGAAAUAAGCUUUGCUUCCUUUUUAGCCCUAAAGAUUUUGAGUAGUUAAUACCGGAUGAUACUUCAACAGGUCUGAUGUUAAUUAGUUGUACUUUUUGUUAGCUAGUAGAGUCUGAGAUUGCCUUUAAUUUUGUGAACCAUUGUCGUCUGUCCGAGACUACAGUGCAAACUGCAAGUGUAUAUUAAUACCAAUGCAGCUGAGUUAUCCCAGAGAUAUAUUAUGAAAA